CGGCUUUUCCCAACCAAGUGGGUCCGUAGCCGCAAGCAGAGAGUUAGAGUGGCGUUUCUGAGGCCUGCCCUACCGCAGCGAUGCGGCGCCAAAAGCUCGUCGCAGUGCUGCUGCUGGUGGCCCACACUCAGCACUGCACCGCACUGCUGGCACCGCAAGCGGCACGCAAAACCGCACCGCUGCGAGCCGUACGCAUCGAAGGCCUCCUCGACGAAGACGUAAUCAGCAAGCGAACAAAUACGCACCGCUGCCUCAAGGAGCUGCGGAAAAGGGGCGCCGUCGCCGACGCCCUCGCAACAAAUGCAGUAGUAAAAUCCCAAUUCGGCGACCCCCUCGCGACGGGCGCCGAGGACGCCAUCAAAAUCAACAACGUGCUAGCCCAGGCGAUCACGGAGACGGAUGCUCCCGACUACAAUGGCGUGAACGCCACGCAGAGCUGGCGCCUCAAGCGCGGCCCGCUGCGGCUCGAAGGACUGACGAAAGUCAGCUUCGAUAAUGAUGGAUGCGCUUCAAUAAUAGAGCUGGGCGUCUCGAACGUCAACGGGCUGGAAGUGGACGCGACGAGCGCGCAGGCGCGGCAGGCCCUCGUCGGUUUUUUGGGCGGCGCCUCCUCCGAGCGCUACAACGCCGUCGCGGACUUCGGCCAGCGGGCUUUGGCGACGACGCUGGGGCUCGUCUCGACCGCCUCGACGACAGAUGAGGAGGACUCGAGCAGCGAGGGGCCGUGUGGAAAUCAACCAGUUCCGGGGACGACGUCGCGUCGAUGGCGUGGGGCGCCCGAAAUUUGAUUGCCACACAGGCGAAGAGGCGGCGCCGAACUCGUCGAAGCUCGGCGACGCGGCCUUCGACGCCUACGUUACAAUCGACGCGACGGCGCGCGGCGCCCUGGCGUCGCUCGACUUAGCGUUGGGCCGCGACGAUGCCGCCGCGGACGCGGCCGCGCGCGACGCGUGUUCGCCAAACCUCCGAGUGUACGGGUUGGCCGGCGAGGAGGUCGCGGGUUUGGAUGGCGACCUCGACGCCGUUUUAAGGACGUUGCGGGCGGCUCGCGGCGCUCGUUCGACACUAGAGAGCACGAACGCCCUCGAGACGACGACGGCGUCCGUGCGGAAAGCAAAAGCCGACGUCGAGGCCCGCUGCCUCGAAGCGACGGUGGUAAUCAAGGCGGUACCGUCGCCGGGCGGCGCCUUCCUCGCGGCGGCGCUCGGCUUGAGCAACGCGACGGUCAUAGAGGCCGACGUGGUGUACGACCUCGAUAAUCUCGCGACGGCCGUGACGCUCGAAGGUUUAAGGGUGGACGGCCGGGCGCUUGAGGCGCCCGGAUUCUAUAAGUGGGCCGCGGCGGCGCGCGCGGCGUUGGCCCCGGCCUGUGUGGAAAUCAACAAGCUACGGAGCGUCGGCGGCGUAGGGCGCCCAAAAUUUGAUUUCCACACAGGCCCCGGCGGCGCCUCAAAUAAAACCUGCGCCGCCACCCUCGAAGAAAAUCGGCGAGCCCGACGCAGUCGCUAUCCUCAGAGCGGCGGACGCGCUGCACGCGCUGCCGGACAUGCUCAUCGUCGGCGGAUUAAGUGUAGACGCGUGGCUGGACCGCGCCGGUGUCGCGGAGGGCGUCGUCGCGACGGCCGGCCCUGCGCCCUUAUUCCGCGGGCGGCGCGCGCUCGGCGACUCACUAAGGGCGGCCAAGGCGCUGCUGGCGCUGGGGCCGACGGCGACGUGCGCCGUCGAGCGCGUGUCGAUCGAGAGGGACCGCUCGCUUACGGUAAAGAUGACGCUGGCGCGGCCGGCCCUGCCGGAUAUUGUGUUGGUCGUGCGGCUGACCGUGGACGGCUCCAUUAAUGCAGUCGACACGACGUCGGUGACCGUCGGCGGCGCGGAGCUCUCGCCGAAGGCGCUGACGGACGCGCUCGACCGCGCGCGGGCGCUGGCGACGGCGCGGCGGGACCUGGCGUCGCUCUUCUCCUCCCGGGGGGGCGGCGGGGAUUAACUUGUUGGUUGUGUG